AUGAUGUCUGAAUUACAACAAGAUCAAAUAACUUCAAUAACCAAAACUCAUAUUGAAAAAAUAUUUGAAAUAAAUUCAAAAUUACAAACAACUAAAGAAGAUACAGCUAGACACGAACAAUUACUCAAUGAUUUAAAAUUUCAUAAUAAUGAAUGGUUGCAAAAAUGUGAUGAAUCAAUAUCAAAAUUAUUAAAUGAAGAAGAACCACAACAACAAAAAGAAGUAUCAAGAAAUGAAGAAAUGCAAUUAUAUGAAUAUUAUCAAAAUAAAAAUUCAUCAUCUUCUGAAAAUAGUAGUGUUGGAGAUUUAGAACAAUAUUUUGAUGCAAUGAAUAGUCUUGAAUUUACUCAUAAAAGAUUAAAUCAAGUUAAAACAAAAUUAUCUAAAAAACAGGUUACUUUCAAGGAAUCUGAAAUAUAUGAACCUCCAAUGAUUCAAAAAUUAAUUGAAAUACUUAGUAAUUUAAUUGAUUUUGUUACUUCAAUUACUGAUAUGAUUCAAAAUGGUAUUAGUAAUGGCUUUAAUUUUAUUGUUAAUUCACUUGAUGAAUUUUUCAUUCAAAAUGCAAUUAAAUUUGGUGUUGGAAUUAGUGACUCUUUUGAAGUCUUCUUUAGUAAAAAUAAUCAAAUUUUAUCUAUGGUUAAUGAUGUUGGGAAUUUAGUAACUUUCAAGUAG